UGAUAUAUUGUUUGUUUUGCGUUUGAAGUGCUUCUAGAUUAUGAAAAGCGCUAUAUAAAUGUAAUACAUUAUUUUUCCGAGUUCCCAGUUUUUUGGAACGCGGCAUCAAUCCCAUGUUUAACCUAGGUUUAGUAACGUCAUUGUUCUAUUCCUCCUCGUCAUAACGUUCAACGUCACGAAAUUAGCAUUAGCAACAAGGCGAACAGAUUUGAUAGAAUUGCAUAGUUUUGCUGCCAUACAAAGGGCAGGCAUAGGCUAGCUUGAACUGUCAUCCAAAUUUAGAGUUUGGAGGAAUCUUAAACCGUGACAAUGAAAUUCCUGUAUAAAGAGGAGCACCCAUUUGAGAAGAGAAGAUCGGAGGGGGAAAAGAUCAGGAAGAAGUACCCUGAUAGAGUGCCAGUGAGUUGCUGCUAACUAGCUAGCCAAUGCUUGCGAAAUGCUAACCGCAUCGCUUGUCACCCACACACAACACAAUAACAAAGAGAGGAACUUCAGGACAUCGACAGUGUUGGUGAUAGUGGAGAAAGCCCCCAAAGCCAGAAUUGGUGAUUUGGACAAGAAGAAAUAUCUUGUACCCUCUGAUCUUACAGUGGGACAGUUCUACUUCCUAAUACGGAAGAGGAUUCACCUGCGGGCAGAGGACGCCCUUUUCUUCUUUGUCAACAAUGUCAUUCCUCCCACCUCAGCCACCAUGGGACUACUUUACCAGGAACACCACGAAGAGGACUUCUUUCUUUACAUUGCCUACAGUGACGAGAGUGUCUACGGAAACAGCCAAACGAAAGUCUAGCUAACCACCUUUCAGCACAUCUGCAGUCUGACUCUGCAUCGUCACAAAGAUAAAUAAAAGCAAUUUAGUUGCCACCAGAUUAAUCUUUUAAUGCACUUUCAAACCCCCUUUCCCCUUUUAAAGCUAAAAUCCUUAAUUGAAACGAUAAAACGACCAUCCCGCCUCUGUUUUGGUAAAAAGCGACGGGAUGGACCUGUGGAAAUGUAACCACUCUCAAAUUCAUAGACCGAGCUAUUGAUGCAAGGACUGACCAUGCAUGAUGUCAAAAUUAUAGUUAACAAUAUUUUGAGGCUAUACAGUAGUUUUUUUAAACGUUGUUUACCAACAUUGGAGUAAAACUAGCUUCUAUUUUGGGUUCAACAGUUGAACUAAGCUCAUGAGGCAUUUAUAAGUUAUAUUUUUCAAGAAUCAAUGGGUAUAUAUAAUUUAUUAUU